AUGGACGGGUCAGACCAAGACGAGUCGUCGUCUGGCUCGCGUACGCCGCGCGCGAACCCCUUCGAGCUUCUGUACGUCGCGCUCGUGAAGCCUCUGCGCGAUUUCGGAUUCGGGCGAACGUCCGUCUGGGAGGGCGGCGUCGGCUUGUUCAUCCUCGGCGGCAUGGCGCUCACCGCGCUCGUCGUGAACUGGGUGUUGGGCGUGAACUUCAACAAGAUGCGGUCGUACCAGGCGUUCGUGGAGUUCCCGUUCGCGUGCGGCAUUCAAGUGGGGACGCAAGUUAGGGUGCGAGGCGUCAAGGUUGGCAACGUUUUGAGCGUUCGGCCGAACCUGGAACGCGUCGAGGUGCUCGUGGAGAUGGACGAUGACGGCAUCGUGAUCCCGCGUAAUUCGCUCGUGGAGGCGAACCAGAGCGGUCUGAUCGCGGAGACGAUCAUCGACAUCACGCCGGAGAUUCCGAUACCGAAAGCGCAGUGGGGGCCGCUCGACAGCGGGUGCGAGGGCGAGGGUUUGGUCGUGUGCGACCGCGGGAAGAUCCAGGGUACGCCCGGGGUGAGCAUGGACGAGCUCGUCGGCAUCUGCACGAAGCUCGCGCGGGAGAUGGACAGCAACGACGGCAUCGCGAAGAUGUUCGCGACCGCGGAGACGGCGCAGGACUUGAUGAAGAACCUCGAGCCGCUUCUCUUGGAGGCGGCGGAGAUCGCGAAGGAGCUGCGACCGAUGCUGCAAAACGUCCAAGAGCAAGGGACGCUGGACACGAUCGAGCUCCUCGCCGGCCACGCGACCAAGGCGGUGACGGACAUCCGCGAGCUGAAGCGGACGAUCUUAACGGACGACAACCAGGAGAUGUUGCGGCAGUCGAUCACGAUCAUGACCAAGACGCUGCAGCACAUGGAGAAGGUGUCGGGGGAUAUAUCCAGCGUCUCGGGGGACCCGGCGACGCGGCAAAACUUGCGACAUCUCAUCCAGUGCUUGUCUCGAUUGGUGGACAAGUGA